CAUCAGAGUCAGCAGCAUCAGCCGCCGCACAUAAUCCACAGCCACCUUUGUGGCCCUAGCAGAACCCUAAAGAUGCCUCCCAAGAAGAAGCUGAAGGCUCCGCUGCCAAAGUUUGGGAAGGCCCCCAAGAAGAAGAAGAAGGGUGGGGCGGCGGCGGCAGCGAAGGAGAAGGCCAUCCGGAGCGCAGUCCCCUACGUCAGCGAGAAGGAGAAGUACCUGCAGAAGGAGUUUGCCAUCCUGACGGAGCAUAUCCACAGCUACACCGAGCGCGUGCGCCACUUCCAGUGGGAAAACGAGUUCCUGGACAAGGAGGCCCAGCGCUUGCGGGACACCAACAAGGUCUACCUCUCCUACAUCAUGCGCCGCAACCUCCGCUGCCAGAACGCCAUCAUCUCCCUGAACGACCAGAACCGCUGGGACAUGGCCCAGAUCCGGAAGGAGAAGGCCGCGCUGGCCGCCCGGUACGCAGUCAUGGAGCAUGAGUUGCGGGAGGAGCUGCUGCGUCUGGAGGCGCGGCUGUCGCUGCUCUGCAAGGAGGUGGAAGCCCUGCGGCCCUGGCAAGAGCUGCAGCAGGAACAGCUGGCCCGUAUCCGGGAGCUGGAGAAGGAGCUGCUCACCUUGAAGGUCCACCACUCGGAGCAGAUGCACCGGCUCAAGAGCCGCUACCUGCACCUGGUGGCCGAGUACGAGAUGGAGGCGCAGCAGAAGAUCCAGGCGCUGGCCAAGCUGGCCGAGAAGGAGGCCGUGCGCUGCCUCAUCCUGCACGUCAAGCAUGUCAAGAUCGACAACCAGCACCUGCGCCACAACCUGGUGGAGCUCAUCAAGCGGUCUCAUGGCCUCAAAGCCUUCCUGGCCCAGCUCCAAGCCCAGCGGCACCUGCUCCUCCAGGAGCACCUCUACCGGCAGGAGCUGGCCCGCAGGCGCAGCUGGCUCUGGCACCCGGCCGCCGCCCGCCUGUCCCUCGCCCCAGGAAGCGGAGGAGUAGGAGGCUUCUUCCGGUGCAGCCCCACCGCCAGGGGCCGGGUCCUCUCCCCCAGGGCUCUGCCAAGCAUCUCUGCCCCUUCGGUGGCCCAACCGCACGAUGGAGGUGAUGAAGAUGGUGCUGAUGCUCCUGGAGGGAGCUCCAGAAGGAAGCUGACCAUUGCUCCUGAGCCUCUACUGUAGAAGGAUGGUCGGGUUGUUCUUUUCCAGGCCCACCCCAUGCCGCUCGCCACCUCCUCAGCCCUGGAGGGAGGCCCAGCAGCAGAAGGUUCUGGAAAAGAACCACUUCCACGAGGCAGCGGCAAGAGAAACGCCUCAAAGGGUCUCAGGCCAGCAGCCCACCUCCCGGCCGCGUGGCUCUCGUUUUCCGUUCUUAGUUCCGUGCUGUUCAGUUCUGGUUUUGGUUCUGCAUUGUUAACUUUGUUCUUGUUUUAAGCCUCCUGGGAACGACAUGUCGAAGGGAGCAUUGAGAUAAUAAAACUACUGCCACUCA